AUGUUGCAGUUUAGCUUUCUAUCACUCAUAUGUUUAUAUGUUCAGAGUGCUAUUACGUCUCCUGUGUUAACUGGGUGUUUGGACCCGACUGUAGUGAACGCAGCUGAGGUGGCACUGGACCAGAUCAAUGCAGCCAGAAAGGAAGGGUACAUCUUCUUUCUCAAUAGAGUGUAUGAUGUCCAGCAAGAGACAAAGGAGGAGAACACUCUCUUACACCUGACAAUAGAUGUGCUGGAGACAAAAUGUCACGUGAUCAGCAGGAAGAAGUGGAAAUCAUGUGAAAUAAGGGAUAUUUCAAGUGUUCCUGUGUUUGGAACAUGUGCUGUAUCUGUCUCCGUUCAGCCCAACGUCACUGUUCAGAACUUUAAUUGCACCAUCCAGAAAAUUCCAGCACGUGCCAUAAUUUUCACUUGUCCAGACUGCCCAACUUCAGUGAACCUAGAUGAUUCUCAUGUAGCAAAGGCAGCACAUCUUACACUUAAAAAAUUCAACAAUCAAACAUCCUCUGCUAAUUAUUUUGCUCUCCUGAACAUAACAUUGGCAAAGAUGCAGUGGGUUGUUGGUCCAGCUUACUUUGUGGAGUACACCAUACAGGAGACAGACUGUGCUAAAACCUUGAGUGAGACUGAGUUGUCUAAGUGCAAACCAACCAAUCAGACAUCUCCAAAGGGCAGCUGCUCUGGGUCACAUGUUGUGGUUAUGCAGACAGAAACUUAUAUAAAAGUUGAAUGUUCAAUCUAUGAAUCGGACCAUGCUUCAGACAGCCGGAUUUCAUCUCCAAACACCGAAACCCCUCCUGGAGAGGUACAUGUUCUGCCCCCUCCAUCUCUCCCAAUGCCUUCAAUAGCCCCACCAACUACCGCUAACUGCCCUGGUGUAAAGAAUCACAGUUAUCGUCUACUGGGAACCGAUAUCUGA